AUGAUUUUAUCGUACUUGUACAAUAUUCUAAAGUUUAAAAAAUGGGAAAUAUUUUUCUUUGUGACAGUUUUUGUCGGCUUAAAAUGGUCGAAAUUUAUGACGUUCCAACCAGAUGUGAAUCACUUAACAGAAUUACAUAAAUGUCCGGCAUGUUAUGGAACUUCUGCGUGUGAUUAUAUUCACGAAGUGGAUAUAACACCGUAUGAUUUAUAUUCAAUGUUUUCUUACUUCCUUGGCGUAAAAAAUGUUUUUUUCAGUGUUUUGAACAACAAUAAAGUCAUAUUAAAAAAGUUGGCACAUUCGUCCGAAUUAAACGAAUUUGAUCGAAUGCUUUGCAGAGACAAACAUUUGUCCUGUAUUUGUACAAAGAAUUUAAAAGAAGUAACAAAUGAAAUCGACAAUGUAGACUUUCAUGACCUCAUUAAACAAGAAGUCACUUUGGAUUUUGCAAAAGAUAACUUUAGCCGUUUAAGAAUAUGCCCCAAUGUGCAACAUUUAAACAGCCUUUUACAACGUAUAUAUCAUAACAAUAAAGAUGUUGAUAAAAGAACACUUGACAUUAAUAUUUGGACAUUAAUAGUUCUUAAUCCUGAGCCCUUACUUCUUCAGAUAUUGUCUGCUAAUGAAAAUUGGCCAGUACCAAAAUAUUUAGGUGCAUGUGGACGCAUCAUAGUUGAGGAGUAUGUUGGAUUACCACUGACAACUUAUUAUAAUAAACCAUGGUUACUAAGAGCUAAAAUAGUUUCAAGCCUUUUGAAUGCUGCUCAAAUGUUUACUUAUGAGAACAAUAACUUUGGCUUUUAUUUGACUGAUGUAUCAGCUGACAAUAUUGCAGUCGAUUCAAAUAAUAAUGCAAAGUUUAUAGAUUUAGAAAAUGUCAUAGUUGUUGAUAAAAAUGUUAGGUCUGAAGAGAGUUCAAAAACUUGGAAUCAGUUACAUGAAAAUACUGAAAAUUUUACAUGCUCAGGAUGCCUAAUCUUUUCAUCUGUAGAUAUAUGUAAUCAUAAAAUUAGCGAUCAUAAUUAUUAUGCAAUAUGCAAGAUGUUAUUUGCAUCUCAUACAACUGGUAACACUUUACCUGAUGGUUUUUUGCAUGACAUUCCAGCAGGUAUACUGCAAACAUAUCCGAAUAUACUAAAUUUAAUGCAACAAUGUAUUACUCCUGUGAGACCAUCUACCAGAAUAAUUGCUGGAAUGCAGCUUAAACAAUUAUUAGAUACUAUAGUUGAGAAUAAAACUACAAAUAUAAAUAAAUUAGAC